AUGAUAAACGUGAUAGCCAUGGAAAAGAGAAAGAAGUUACUUAUACAGUGUUACAUCAUCCUGUCCAACGUAGAAAGUUUUUCCACUCCUACCAGAUCUGUAACUCUACCACUACCACCACUACCACCACCACACUAUGAGACAGACCUCAUGAAAAUAGGAAGCACAGUACAAGGUUAUACAUCAUUAGAAAAGAUUGGCAAAGGGAAGUACGGUACAGUACUUAAAUGCUGGAAGCAAGAUACUGCCAAAGUAGUAGCGGUUAAAGUACUCAAAGGAGAUGGAACAGACGAAACGAGAAGGCAACAGUUAAAUGAAUGGAAUACAAUGCGAAGAAUUGGGAUACAUAAAAAUAUUAUAGGAUCAAACACUCUAAAAUUCUUUGAGUAUACAUAUAAUAGCUACGUUUAUAGAUGCAUUGCAAUGGAAUAUGCUGAAGGAGGUACUCUUGAGGCUUACAUGCGGAGUCACAAAGCAAUCCCUUUAAUCAAUAUUAAGUCUAUCAUAUGGCAAGUAACGUCCAUAAAAUAUUAUCCGUAUAUUUCUAACUUUCCUCUUCAAAGGCAAAUAUCGGAAGGAUUGAAGUUCCUGCAUGGCCAAAAUUGCAUUCACUGCGACUUCAAUGUUGUACUGGUGUUCACCAAUCUAUAUAGACCGGGGAAUGUUUUGCUAAUGAGGGUCGAUAUACUUGAACUAAGGAUUGCAGAUUUUGGGACAUCGACAUGGAUACCUAAAGGACAUUCAGAGUUCGUUUAUGCCGCUGGUGGAGCGAUUGGAUACUUCCCUCCUGAGCGUGCAAAGGAUCCGGAAAAUCAGAUUAUUUGCUCCGGAACAGACAUGUUUCCACUCGGUAUCAUACUCUGGGAACUAUUUCAUGGCUGGCAUAUGUUUCCUUGUACGACAACGAAGAAAAAAACCGAGUUCUAUAAGCUUACCGGGGAGAAGUAUUGGGAUACAUACCAGUGGAAACAAGACCCAGAAGGCAAGUCAUCUACCUUCUUACUUCACAAAACGCUCGACCAAUAA